AUGAAAAUCUUUGUGGUAUUUCUGGUGGUGCUGGCCAUCUUUGGGACACAAUCUCAUGGAUACGAGGUUUAUAACAUCAUCAGCCAAGUCAACAAUGGUGGCAGUGUUCAGGAGACAGUGACGAUUGACAGUGAAAAAGAUAUCGCCAUCAUCAACGUCCAUGCUGGAUUGUGCUCCUCUACCACGAUUUUUGACUAUAAACAUGGCUACAUCGCAUCCAGGGUGCUCUCCCGAAGAGCCUGCUACAUCCUGAAGAUGAACCGUCAAACCACCCCUACUCUGGACCAACUCAAACAGCACAUCUAUGAUAUGCAGGCUCUGGACAACAUAUUCUCCAACAAAUACAUCUGGGUCAAGUACAACCCUCUGCAGUCUCUGAUUACAAAUGUGGACUGGUUGCUGUUCGGGUCACCCACUGAGCAGCUCUGCAAACAUGUCCCCUUGUAUAAGGGGGAAGUGGUUGGAGAUACAGAUAAUGUCCGUGCUGGAGCCUGUGCAAAAGCUGGGCUCCUGGGCAUCUUUGGAAUUUCCAUCUGUGCAGACAUUCGUGUUUAA